AUGCCGCCGGCCGCCCUGGCCGGCUCCAACUCGAGCACCAUGAACGUGUCUUUCGCUCACCUGCACUUUGCCGGUGGGUACCUGCCCUCGGACUCCAAGGACUGGAGGAGCACGGUCCCAGCUCUCCUGGUGGCCGUCUGCCUGGUGGGCUCCGUGGGGAACCUGUGCGUGAUUGGUGUCCUCCUUCACGGCGCCUGGAAGGGAAAGCCAUCCCUGAUCCACUCCCUGAUUCUCAACCUCAGCCUGGCUGAUCUCUCUCUCCUGCUCUUUUCGGCACCUGUCCGAGCUACGGCGUACUCCAAAGGCGUUUGGGAUCUAGGCUGGUUUGUCUGCAAGUCCUCUGACUGGUUCAUCCACACGUGUAUGGCAGCCAAGAGCCUGACCAUCGUCGCAGUGGCCAAAGUGUGCUGCGCCUACGCCAGGGACCCAGCCCGGCAAGUGAGCACCCACAGCUGCACCAUCUGGUCGGUGCUGGGGGCCAUCUGGGCUGUGGCCUGUCUGCUGCCCCUGCCGGAGUGGUUCUUCAGCACCACCAGGCACCAUGCAGGCGUGGAGAUGUGCCUCGUGGCUGUACCCGCUGUGGCCCAAGAGUUCAUGUCUGUGUUUGGUAAGCUCUACCCUCUCCUGGUGUUCUGCCUCCCAUCGCUCUUUGCCAGCUUUUACUUCUGGAGAGCUUAUGGCCAAUGUCGGAAACGAGGCACUAAGCCUCAAAACCUGAGGAACCAGAUGCGCUCGAGGCAGCUCACACUGAUGCUGCUGAGCGUGGCCGUCACCUCUGCUCUGCUGUGGCUCCCUGAGUGGGUAGCGUGGCUGUGGACAUGGCAUCUGAAGGCUGGCGGCCCGGCCCCACCGCAGGGUUUUAUAGCCCUGUCUCAGCUCCUCAUGUUUUCCAUCUCCUCCGCAAACCCUCUCAUCUUCCUGGUGGCGUCCGAGGAGUUCAGGGAGGGCCGGGAAGGCUUGUGGAAAUGGGUAAUAAGCAAGAAGCGUCCGACGGCCUCCGUGUCGCGGGAGACACCUGCUGGCGACUCACAGGCCUUUCCCGACAGUGUUCCGGCAUCCCCAGCAUCCAUACCAGAGAGAGGGGAGACCGGCUCUCCCGCCUCCGGCCGAGGGAAAGCUGACAAGGCAGAAAUCCCCACCCUGCCUGAUGUAGAGCAGUUCUGGCACGAGAGAGACUCAGCCCCUUGUGUUCAGGACAGUGACCCUGCCCCCUGGGAACACGACGAUCAGGAGACAGGCGAUCGUGACAAAUAGGUCCAAAGCACAGCAGACGGCCACGGC